AUGUCUUUCUUCGGUGACAACUCGCAAUGGAAUGCGCCAGGCCGUCAAGCCACAUGGGAACAGCCUCCACCACCAUCUCGAUCAGGUUCGAUACCAUUGAUUGCCACGGCAAGAUUCGCAGAUACUAAUGCUCAAACAGGAGCCAGCUCUACUGUGCAACGAGACGAGCCUGGUGCUUUCCAAUCUCAAUUCGAAGAGGUUGAACGAGCGGCGGACAAUCUGAUGAAGAGCGGGAAGAUGUUUGGUCCAAUGGGUGGACAAGCCCCCCGUCGCGACUCAAUGCCGCCUCCUGUUGCUGGCCGCGGAUACCCGGAAUUCGAUCCCCGCAUGGGUGGAGGUCCACAACGACACCAUUCUGUAAGCGACUAUGACGGUAUACGCUCAAGCUCCGCUUCGAACCUGCAAGGCUUCUACGCCACCCAACGGUACGGGCCUCGGCCAAGCGAAGCCGACUCAGUGAUGCAGGCGAAACGCCGUAUGGCUGCUCAACGGGAAAGGGAGCUAAGGAACUACCACCAAGAGCAGCAGUACAACAGGAACGCUUCUGGAGCAAAGUCCGAUCGAUCCCUUAGCCCCAAUGCGAUGAGUGAAGAUGAGCGCCGUGAUCUCAUCGCUCGCCAGCACCGAGCCUUGUACGGCGACAACGCCCAGCUAUACAACCCCGAUGGUAGCUCUCGUCAAAGCAGUCAAGAUGCCCGGGUUGCAACUUCAGUAGGAGGCCGCGGUCCAUCUCCGCUAGCCUUUGAUCCUUUCGGCAUGCAAGCCCAUGGAGGCCACAAUGAUGGCUCUGUACAAAUGCCACCUCGUGAUCAUGCUAGCAAAGAUGCUCCUGCUGGUGCUCAGCGUUCUCGUGCCAACAGCAACUCGUCUCCCUCCUCUCAACCAACGGCUUCAUUCAACCUGUACGAUAACGCACAGCAGUCUAGCCGAACUUCAGCCUCCUCACCUGGCGGUUCACCUCCUCGUCAGGGUGGUAAGGCUUCUAAUAAUGCCGGCGUCGCUCCAAUUGGGACACGUCCAUCUCAAACUCAGGGCUCGGCUGCAAACGCCAUGAACAAGCGAUCUACCACGCCACUUCCCUCUCCAUUGAGCUAUGGCUUUUCAGCGAAUGGCCAGAGCAACAAUGAACGGUCUACAUCCGCUUCUUCGAACCCUGCAACUUCGGCUGCAGACAAAGGCGUAAACAUUGGAUGGGGCAGCAACAGCGGAGUAUGGGGAUCUUCAAAGAAUACCCUUGGUGUUCAGGCUCCAGUGUGGGGCUAG